AUGGAGGCCUCCAAUCGGCAAUUUCUUCAGGACCGAAUGGACGAGAUUGAAGCAAUGAAUCUCUCCACCGAGGAGGAGAAACUGGAGGAGAUGCGCGUCUACUGGCCUGGUCUAGGAGUCAAGUGCAAGGAUCCUUGGAUGGCGACCGCUCCAGCAGAAACUGUCCGUCAGUCUUUGGAGGAGGGAAAUGUCACCCGAUUAGCUGAUGUCAGAACGCUAUACCAUCAGCAUAUGGAUGGAGUCAGCCCGCCAAACUUGUUGACAGAUGAGUGGUGCCGGAUGUUUUUGGACACCGUUCAAACUGUGUGUAAUGAGGUGGCCUUUCGAAAUGAAGAGGACGACGAUUUCGAAGUCCCACCCUGCCAUGAUUUGGCUCUCUUUCUCAAGUAC